CUCUCCGCCGUGUGGCGAGUUGACUGGAGGGGUGUUUGCUCAGAAAUCGGGGUUUCAGAUUGUUCUUUCGUAGUGAAAGGUUUUCCAUGAUUUUUUCCUGUCUCUGCUGCUAUCACUUUUUUACUCAGUAUUUUGCAGCCUGUUUUGCUGCCCUUAGGUGAACUUUAUUAAUUUAUUUUUAACUCAUAAAAAUACUUCUUCAAAAAUGGUUGGAGUAAAGGUGAUUAGUAACGACUCAGAGUUUCAGCCGGAACUUACGAACGCCGGUUCCCGACUGACAGUGGUCAAGUUCACUAUGACUGGGUGUAGGCCCUGUGUAAGAAUAGCUCCUGCUUUCAACAUGCUGAGCAAUAAAUAUCCCCAAGCAGUUUUCCUUGAGGUGGAUGUACAUCAGUGUCAGGCAACAGCUGCUGCAAACAAUAUAUCGGCAACACCCACUUUUCUGUUUUUCCGCAAUAAAGUGAGAGUUGACUUGUAUCAAGGAGCAGAUGCUUCAGGUUUAGAAGAAAAGAUAAAACAGCAUCUUGAAAAUGACCCUGGCAGCAAUGAGGACUCUGACAUCCCCAAAGGAUAUAUGGAUUUAAUGCCGUUUGUUAACAAAGCUGGAUGUGAGUGCCUCAAUGAAAGUGAUGAUCAUGGGUUUGAAAACUGUUUACGGAAAGACCCAACUUUCCUUGAAUCUGAUUGUGAUGAACAGCUAUUAAUUACAAUGGCUUUCAAUCAGCCUGUAAAAUUGUUUUCAAUGAAACUACAAUCACUUGAAAUAGGUCAGGCUCCAAAGUAUGUAAAAAUUUUUAUAAAUCUUCCUCGCUCUAUGGAUUUCGAUGAUGCUGAGAGAAGUGAACCUACACAGGCUUUAGAUUUAACAGAAGAUGACUUUAAAGAAGACAGUCUCAUACCACUUCGUUACGUGAAAUUUCAGAAUGUAAAUAGCGUAACACUGUUUAUCAAAUCCAACCAGAAAGAUGAAGAAACAACAAAACUGAAUUAUUUAACCUUUAUUGGAACACCAGUACAAGCUACAAACAUGAAUGACUUUAAAAGGGUUGUAGGUAAAAAAGGAGAAAGUCAUUAGACGCACGGAUGGGAAUCCUGACUUCAUGCUGCAUUUACUUCAAGGACCUCACUUUGCCAAUUUUAUAAUGGGAGCUAAAUUAUAACAGCACCUUGUAAUUUAGUUUCAAUUAAAUAUCAUUUUCCCAAAAAAAAUCACUGCUUCUGUAGAGGCAACUCAUUUUCACUGUCUAUUUUUAUUGUAAGCUGAUAAAUACUGUAAAUAAAAUCAAAUCAUUUUUCAAAGGCAA